CGCAUCGACGCGGAGCUGGAGCGGGCGCUGCAGGGCGUGGGCAAAAUGAAAUCCCUGAUGGAGCAGAGCGGGAAAGAGCACCGGGAGCUGCUGACGGCGCUGAGGGACACGCGGAACGGGAAAGAGGUGACUCUGGAGGAAUUCCUGAACCACUCGUCUCCCAUCUCCAUCUGGGUGGACGGCGAGCGCCUGGAUUCGCUGCUGGAGCGCGACGAGCGCCAGGAGCAGCAGCUGGAGGACCUGGAGGAGCGGUUCGGGAUCCUGGAGGACGGGAUCGACGGGAUCUACCGGGACAGCUCCCUGCUCCAGGGCCGCCUCCAUCCCUUUUUCCAGGCUCCCUUCGGGGGGUUCCGGGAGGCGCUGAGGUCGCCGGGGCAGCGUUUGCGUUUCCCGCGCCGCUUCCGCCGCUUUUCCGGGGAUCCCUUCCCGUUUUUCCACAGCCCGCCCGGAGGAUUCCAGCACCUCUUCCAGCCGCUCUUCCACAUCACCCAGCGCAUGCUGGAGGGAGCCCACGGGAAUUGGGAGCUUCCCUUGACAGAAUCCCGGAAUUUCAGCGAUGACCGCAUGGUUUGCCGGGAGAUCCGGCGGAACUCGGCCGGGUGCCUGCGGAUGAGGGACGAGUGCGAGCAGUGCCGGGAGAUCCUGGCCCUCGACUGCGGGCAGGAGGAUCCAUCCCAGCAGGAGCUGCGGGAGCAGCUGGAGGACGCCGUGCGCGUGGCCGAGCGCUUCACGCGCCGCUACGAUUCCCUGCUCCGGGAAUUCCAGGAGGAAAUGCUCAACACCUCGGGCCUCCUGGACCAGCUGAACCGCCAGUUCGGCUGGGUGUCCCGCCUGGCCAACUAUUCCCUGGGAUCCGACGGCUUCCUGCAGGUCACCACGGUGCUGUCCAAGACUCCGAAUCCCGAGGAUCCGUCGGCGGUGCCGGACACGCAGGUGACGGUGCAGCUCUUCGACUCGGAGCCGCUGGAGCUGACCGUGCCCGGGGACAUCCCGUGGGACGAUCCCAAAUUCAUGGAUAUUGUGGCCGAGCAGGCGCUCCAGCACUUCAAGGAAAACGCCAUAGAGUAGCCAGGCGAUCUCGCUGAUGCCGCCCCUCCGGAUCCCCCUUCCAGGGGGGAAUCGUCUCCAUCGCUGGCACCUCUCCCCUCCUGACCCUUCCUGCUGCCAGAGCCCUCCGGGGCCCCAAACGGAAAAUAAAGGUAGAGUUGAACAUCCCUG